AUGUCGUCAAAGUCCUCGGUGUCUCUGUCCAGGGAGUCUGCUUUUUUCCAGGAUGGGCUAAAAGCGGUAGAGAGCCUCAAGCCUUCCAUUGAAACGCUUUCUGCAGAUCUCCACACAAUCAAACAGGCCCAAGAUGAGGAGCGGCGGCAGCUGAUACAGCUUCGGGAUAUUUUGGAAAUCAGCAUUGCAGUGUGGGAUGAGGACCUGUCAGGACUGGGCACUGCCCUAGGUUCUGGAGAAUUCUCACUAGUUCUUGCCCUCAGAGACUCAUAUGCUAGGUUGGUCUUCAGGAUCAGGAAGGUGUGGCAAAAGAGGAAGUGUUCCGUUAAAAAUGGCUUCCUGACCAUAUCCCACGGCACCGCCAACAGGCCACCUGCCAAACUCAACCUGUUAACCUGCCAGGUGAAAACCAACCCGGAGGAGAAGAAAUGUUUCGACCUCAUCUCACAUGACAGGACGUACCACUUCCAAGCAGAAGACGAACAGGAAUGUCAGAUAUGGAUGUCUGUACUGCAGAAUAGCAAGGAAGAAGCUCUGAAUAAUGCGUUUAAGGGCGACGACAACACUGGAGAAAAUAACAUUGUCCAAGAGUUGACCAAAGAGAUCAUCUCAGAGGUGCAGAGGAUGACGGGCAACGAUGUGUGCUGUGACUGUGGGGCACCAGAUCCGACGUGGCUCUCCACCAACCUGGGCAUCCUGACUUGCAUCGAGUGCUCGGGAAUCCACCGUGAGCUGGGGGUCCAUUAUUCCAGGAUGCAGUCCUUGACCUUAGAUGUAUUAGGAACGUCUGAGCUUCUGCUUGCCAAGAAUAUUGGGAAUGCGGGCUUUAAUGAGAUCAUGGAGUGUUGCCUACCAUCUGAGGACUCUGUCAAACCCAACCCAGGCAGCGACAUGAUUGCAAGGAAGGACUACAUCACAGCCAAGUACAUCGAGAGGAGAUAUGCAAGGAAAAAGCAUGCAGACACUUCGGCGAAGCUCCACAGCCUUUGUGAGGCCGUCAAGACCAGAGACAUUUUUGGCUUACUCCAAGCUUAUGCUGAUGGUGUGGACCUGACAGAAAAAAUCCCACUGGCCAAUGGGCAUGAGCUAGAUGAGACAGCCCUCCAUCUUGCAGUCAGAUCUGUGGACCGGACUUCCCUUCACAUCGUGGACUUCCUGGUCCAGAACAGUGGGAACCUGGAUAAACAGACGGGCAAGGGCAGCACGGCCCUGCACUACUGCUGCCUGACCGACAAUGCGGAGUGCCUCAAGCUCCUCUGCGGGGGGAAGGCCUCCAUCGAGAUAGCCAAUGAGUCGGGAGAGACGCCAUUGGACAUCGCCAAGCGGCUCAAGCAUGAACACUGUGAGGAGUUGCUGACUCAGGCCUUGUCAGGAAGAUUUAACUCCCACGUUCACGUCGAAUAUGAAUGGCGACUGUUACAGGAGGACCUGGACGAAAGCGACGAUGACGUGGAUGAGAAACUUCAGCCCAGUCCUAACCGGCGCGAAGACCGCCCGGUCAGUUUCUACCAGCUGGGGUCCAGCCAGUUCCAGCCCAAUGCCGUGUCUUUGGCCAGAGAUACCACAAACCUCGCCAAGGACAAGCAGAGGGGCUUCGGGCCUAGCAUCUUGCAGAAUGAGACCUAUGGAGCCAUCCUGAGUGGCAGCCCACCCUCCUCCCAAUCGUUACCCCCUAGCACCACCAGUGCACCCCCACUCCCACCUCGGAAUGUUGGUGGCAAAGUUCAGACAGCCACCUCAGCUAACACCCUGUGGAAGACAAACUCUGUAGGUGUGGACGGUGUCAGCAGGCAGCGAUCUUCGUCAGAUCUGCCAGCUGUCCACCCACCGCUGCCCCCUCUGCGAGUGACAUCUACCAAUCCCCUGACCACCACACCACCCCCUCCUGUGGCUAAGACUUCUGGCACACUAGAUGUUGUGAGCCAGCCAAGCAAGCCCACCCAACCCGGAGCCUCGCAGAGCAAGCUGCCACCUCAGCCGCCCAGCCGCCCACCUCAGAAGAAGCCAUCUUCCGGGACCGACAAGCCAACCCCACUGAUCAACAAAGGCCAGCCAAGAGGACCUGAAGCUCCAGGUCCACUGUCCAACGCCAUGGCCCUGCAGCCUCCAGCACCCAUGCCCAGGAAGUCGCAGGCGACCAAGUCCAAGCCCAAGCGAGUCAAAGCACUCUACAACUGCAUGGCUGACAACCCAGAUGAGCUGACUUUCUCUGAGGGGGACGUGAUCAUUGUGGACGGCGAAGAAGAUCAGGAGUGGUGGAUUGGCCACAUCGACGGAGAUCCCAGCCGCAAAGGAGCAUUCCCCGUAUCGUUUGUGCACUUUAUUGCUGACUAACUUGCUACUGAACAAAGGCCUUUCCAUCACCAUUA